AUGUUGGCUGCACAUGCCGACGGUCGCGUGUGCCAGAGGCUCACGGGUGUGUACAUGGUAUAUCCCGUGCAGAGUAGUGUGGUAUCUAGUAAUACUCGCAUGCCAGGCCCGGCCGUCGUACUUGAAGAGGUGAGGGCAUGGCACCCAAAUGUCAUUUGUCGAUCCCCCAGUCAGCGACGCCAUCCCGAUCCAUGGCAGCGGCCUCGACAUGGAAAUGGAAAUGCCUAG